CACAUGCGGGACCCACUUUAACAAUUUCUUUCCUGUAAUAUAAUAUUACAUAUACACGAAACCCUUUCAUAUUUUUCCCUAAUUUUCAUUUAAAGUAUUCAAACGGGAAUAUUUAGGGUUAGGGCGUCAAUUUUUCUCUCGAUUCAUCAGAAUUUUCUCCAUUUGAUGCUCUCCGCUUUGCAUUUUUCAACCCUGUUUCUUCUUCUUCGUGAGGAUUUCGAAUUAUUCUCUCCGUAGUUUUUGGGUUAUUACAAGCAGGGCUUUUGUAGAUUCAGCAAGGAGGAGUUGGGUAUUUUCGUUAAAUUAUUGAAUUGGAAGUAAUCGGUGGAAUUUCCGUUGAAUUUUGAGGUGUUCGGCUGGAUGGAUUACUAGGGUUUCGCAAUUGCUGCUUUGUUCUGUCGGCGCGGUUGAUCUGUAAUCGCACAAAUGCUAGGAUUUUUUCUGGAGAAGUACUUUUUUGGGAGAUUUACAAUUAUUAAGGAGUACUGAAUGUUUCCUCUUGGUAUGGAUUAUUCGCGCGAAAGUGGAAUGGUGUUAAUUCCCACGAGGUUCGUGUGGCCUUAUGGUGGGAGAAUUGUGUAUAUCAGUGGUUCUUUUACGGGGUGGACACAGUGGCCAAUGACCCCAGUUGAGGGUUGCCCGACUGUCUUUCAGACAAUUUGUAGCCUGCCGCCCGGUUAUCACCAGUUCAAAUUUGUUGUUGAUGGUGAAUGGAGACAUGAUGAGCAUCAGCCUUUUAUCAGUAGCAACAUUGGAAUAGUCAACACCAUCCUCUUAACUAGGGAAUCUGAUUUCCCUACUCCAAUACUAAACCCGCAAAUGCUUACCUCUGGUCCUGGUAACAUGGAUGUUGACAAUGAGACCUUUCAACGUGUGGUUAAACUGUCAGAUGGUACAUCUCCUCAGCCCUUCCCAACUAUAUCAGAGGCAGAUUUAGAGAUUUCACGGCAUCGUAUAGCUGAGUUCAUGAUAACACACAUGGCUUAUGAGUUGCUCCCUGAAUCUGGGAAGGUUAUUGCUUUGGAUGUUGAACUGCCUGUAAAGCAAGCAUUUCAUAUUCUACAUGAGCAGGGAAUUUCGAUGGCGCCCUUAUGGGACUUCUCGAAGGGGAAAUUUGUUGGAGUUCUCAGUGCUAUGGAUUUUAUCUUGAUUAUGAGAGAGCUUGGCAGUCAUGGGUCCAACUUGACCGAGGAAGAGCUAGAGACACAUACUAUAUCUGCUUGGAAAGAAGCCAAGUCAUAUCUGAAUAGUCAAAUUAAUGGGCAAGGAGGUGCAGUUUCCAGACAGCUUGUACAAGCUGGGCCAGAUGAUAGCUUGAAGGAUGUUGCUUUGAAGAUUUUGCAAAAUGGUGUGGCCACAGUUCCGAUUAUUCAUUCUCAUUCAGCAGAUGCCUCAAACCCACAUUUGUUACAUCUUGCUUCACUCUCUGGAAUUCUAAAAUGUAUUUGCCGUUUUUUCAAGCAUUCACCAAGCUCAUUACCCGUGCUUCAGUUCCCAAUCUGUGCAAUCCCUUUGGGCACUUGGGUUCCAAAAAUUGGAGAGCCAAAUCGGCGGACAUUGGCAAUGUUGAGACCCAGUGCUUCACUUAGUGCGGCAUUAAGUUUAUUAAUUCAAGCACAAGUUAGUUCGAUUCCAAUUGUAGAUGAUAAUGACUCUCUAUUGGAUGUAUAUUCUCGAAGUGACAUAACUACUUUGGCAAAAGACAAACUGUAUACUCAUAUUAAUCUCGAAGAGACAACUAUUCAUCAGGCAUUACAGUACAGAGAUGACCCCUUUUCAGCACUUGGAUCCAACAACCAGAGAUGCUUCAUGUGCUUGCGUUCUGAUCCACUCCAUAAAGUCUUGGAGAGAUUAUCCCAACCAGGGGUGAGGCGGCUUAUUGUGGUUGAAGCUGGAAGCAAACACGUAGAAGGUAUAAUUUCAUUGGGUGAUGUUUUUCGGUUUAUAAUGGGUAAUUAAAAUAAAAUGGCAUCUCUGUAUGUGGUUGUGGUGUAUUUAAUAUCUCUUGUUUGUGGGCCUCCUGGUUUUAUUUAAUGUCUGAUAGCAAUUAUUAAAAGGUGAGGGAAUGAAUGUAAGUGGAGAUGGCUAGGGGUUUUUACCUGAACAUGUUUGGUAAAAUCCCUUUAAAAUUAUUUCUCAUUGCUUUGUGCUUAUUUUCUCUGGUAGCUUAAACUUUUUUUUCCUUU